GACCGUUGUGUGUGACAGUGGCUAGCAGUGACGGUAGCAGGUUUGGCGAGACCUUCGUCUCCGUCGUCGGAAAAGUAAUUGCAGUUAUUCAAAUUAUGUGAACAUAUUGUGGCUUUGCAUUAAGACAAGAUUAUAUCGAAUCACGCUGGCGACGAAGUUUUUAAAGACUUUUAAAGGGAAGCCGAAGCCAGUGCUGUCUUGGUGUGUUGGAAACCAUUUUAAGAGAGUCAAUGCAUCCGAGCUAUAACGGUAGCUCGUAGGUCGUGUCCGUCGUGGAUGGAUUCUUUCUACCAGGAUAAACGGUGACUGGUAUACAGCAAACAUGGACACUGCGGAGGAAGCUGAUAUCUGCCGUGUGUGCCGCUCAGAGGGAACCCCAGACAAACCUCUAUAUCAUCCCUGUGUCUGCACUGGCAGUAUCAAGUUCAUUCAUCAGGAAUGUUUGGUCCAGUGGUUGAAACACAGCAGGAAGGAAUACUGUGAAUUAUGCAAACACCGAUUUGCGUUCACACCAAUCUAUUCUCCUGACAUGCCCUCAAGACUCCCUAUCCAGGACAUUUGUGCUGGCUUGCUAACUAGUGUGGGCACGGCCAUUCGCUACUGGUUCCAUUACACACUGGUGGCCUUUGCGUGGCUUGGUGUGGUUCCUCUAACAGCAUGUCGAAUCUACAAGUGUCUGUUUACUGGCUCUGUGAGCUCACUGUUGACACUGCCCCUCGACAUGCUGUCGACAGAGAACCUUCUGGCUGAUUGUCUGCAGGGCUGUUUUGUUGUCACCUGCACCCUGUGUGCAUUCAUAAGCCUUGUUUGGCUGAGAGAACAGAUAGUUCAUGGUGGCGCCCCCCAGUGGUUAGAGCAGCACCAGCCGCAGCCACCUAAUGCAGCCGGACAAGCUGAGGCACAAGCAGCAGGCCUGGGAGCAGCAGAUGAGCCUCCAGCUGCCCAACAGGUCCCUGCUGAGCCGCCAGCCCAGGAUGAGGUAGAGCCAGAGCUGCCUGAUGUUCCAGCUGACCAGGGUGACGAUGCAGAGCUCGAGGAAGAGGAGGGUGCAGCUGCUGAAGAGGCAGAUGCCAACAAUGGAGCACAAGAUGACAUGAAUUGGAAUGCUUUGGAGUGGGACAGAGCAGCCGAGGAGCUCACAUGGGAAAGGAUGCUCGGGCUGGAUGGGUCACUGGUGUUCCUGGAACAUGUAUUUUGGGUCGUGUCUCUCAACACUCUCUUCAUCCUGGUUUUUGCAUUUUGUCCGUACCACAUCGGUCAUUUCUCUGUCGUGGGUCUGGGCUUUGAGGAAUAUGUGCAGGCAUCUCACUUUGAAGGAUUGAUUACCACAAUCGUGGGAUACAUUCUGCUAGCCAUGACGCUAAUACUCUGCCAUGGACUUGCUGCUCUCGUCAGGUUCCAACGUUCUCGGCGUCUCUUGGGAGUCUGUUACAUUGUGGUCAAGGUUUCUUUGCUGGUUGUCGUGGAGAUUGGUGUGUUUCCACUGAUCUGCGGUUGGUGGCUGGAUAUCUGCUCUUUAGAAAUGUUUGAUGCUUCACUGAAAGACAGAGAGCUGAGCUUUAAAUCAGCACCUGGCACCACCAUGUUUUUACACUGGUUAGUCGGGAUGGUCUACGUCUUCUACUUUGCGUCAUUUAUUCUUCUCCUGAGAGAGGUUCUGCGACCUGGGGUUCUGUGGUUUCUGAGGAAUCUGAAUGAUCCAGAUUUCAACCCAGUGCAGGAGAUGAUUCAUCUUCCCAUCUACAGACACUUACGACGUUUCAUUCUGUCAGUGGUGGUGUUUGGUUCCAUCGUGUUGCUAAUGCUGUGGCUGCCCAUCAGGCUGAUUAAACUCCUGCUGCCGACCUUCCUGCCGUACAACGUCAUGCUUUACAGUGAUGCCCCUGUCAGCGAGCUGUCGCUGGAGCUUUUAUUACUGCAGGUGGUUUUGCCAGCUCUUCUGGAGCAGGGACACACACGACAGUGGCUGAAAGGUCUCGUGAGGGCCUGGACAGUUAGUGCUGGAUACCUGCUAGAUCUGCAUUCAUACUUGCUGGGCGAGCAAGAAAAUAAUGAUGCCAACCAGCAUGUGAACAACAACAACCCGCCGCCUGCUCACCAUAAUAACAACAACCCGGCUCCAGCAGUCGGUGAUGGGCUCCAUGCAGCCCACCAGGCCAUCUUGCAACAAGGCGGACCUGUGGGCUUCCAGCCAUACCACCGCCCCCUUCGCUUCCCUCUCAGGAUUGUCUUGCUGAUAGCGUUCAUGUGCAUCACUCUGCUGGUGGCCAGUCUGGUGUGUUUAACACUGCCAGUCUUCACUGGACGCUGGUUGAUGUCCUUUUGGACUGGAAACUCCAAAAUACAUGAGCUUUACACUGCAGCAUGUGGCCUCUACGUCUGCUGGCUGUCAAUUCGCGGGGUGACUGUGCUUCUGGCCUGGAUGCCCCAAGGGCGCACGGUCAUCAUACAUAAGGUCCAAGAGUGGACACUGAUGAUUCUGAAGACACUUGUGGUUGCUCUGCUUGUUGCUGGAGUCAUUCCGCUGCUGCUGGGUCUGCUGUUUGAACUGGUCAUUGUGGCUCCACUCAGGGUGCCACUCGACCAGACGCCGCUUUUCUAUCCCUGGCAGGACUGGGCUCUUGGGGUUCUUCACGCUAAAAUCAUUGCUGCUAUCACUCUGAUGGGCCCGCAGUGGUGGCUGAAGACCGUCAUUGAGCAGGUUUAUGCAAAUGGGAUACGCAACAUUGACCUCCAGUUCAUCAUCCGUAAACUGGCUGCUCCCGUCAUCUCAGUCUUGCUGCUGUCAUUGUGUGUGCCGUACGUGAUCGCGGCAGGCGUGGUGCCAGCUGUAGGUGUCACCCCAGAGAUGGAGAUACUCAUGCAAAGGAGAAUCUACCCCUUCCUCCUAAUGGUGGUGUCACUGAUCGGCAUCCUGUCCUUCCAAAUUCGCCAGUUCAAACGCCUCUAUGAACACAUCAAGAAUGACAAAUACCUGGUCGGUCAAAGACUCGUCAACUAUGAGAGGAAGGCUGGACGAGGACCUUCAGUUCCGGCAUCCAAUCCUGUCCCAGAGUAGAGUUCUGUGUUUCACUAGUUUCCAUCUUGCAACGUCACUCCGUACCUCACUGUUUUUGAUUUGCAACACAAUGGACUUUAAUCCUUGAGAUCCUCUUGUGGAUCGGACAGAGUUGAUGGAUGACGUCAGAGUUCCCAGAAGGCCUUACCGAGCCCAUUGAAAGUCAGGAAGUGUUGAUGUGGUAUUAUCACGGUGAGUGUUAAAAGACCAAUCCCUCCAAACGUUGCAGAAGGUGUACGAGUUUGAGGGGGCUGACGUUUGGUUUGACGCUCAACAUCUGUAUUGUCAUCUGCACCUUGCUUUGUAAAGUGCUGCCUGAUUAUUGUACAUGUGUAAAUACUUCAAAAGCAGAUUUUGUCUUGGAGAAAAAAGGCAACUGGGUAAAUGCAACAACCAUUGUACAUCUUAAAAGUGUAUGUAUAAUUUAUUAAAUCAAUCUGACAAUU